AUGGGGGUGAUGACAGUACCUACCUUAGCAAACUCUCAAAAGGUGGUCACUAUUGUUAAUAUGACAAAGGCAAGGUCCUUCUUCUGCUUGGUUUUCCCUCAGUGGCCUAUAAAGAGAAUAAUCACCAUAUUCACUGCGGGGAUUUUGCACUCGGUAGGUCAGCGGCCAGCAGGCAGACUACAAACAGUGACAAAAGGUAUAGAGCCUCUCAUCUGUACAGAUUUGAUUCAUCACAAAUUUACCAGGUCAAGAAUUCCAGAUAAAGUUUUUCAGCCUUCAACUGCAGACCAUGAAAAAUAUGGUGGGGAUCCAAAGCACCUUCAUCAACUGCAUAUUGUUACCAGAAUAAAAACUAGGAAAAGACAUCCAUUUGGGAAAAAGGUUACAAUAAAGAUGCUUGGAUUAGAAAAAGCACCUACUCCUCAGGUUCACAAGAAUAUCCCUUCAGUGAAGGCAAAAACGAAAGUGGUUAAACAUUUGCUAAGAAUCAAAAUCAAGUCCCUGAAGUUGCCACAAGGACUUCCAGCAGAGGAGGACAUGUGUAACGCCUGCCUCAUGAACACUGGAGAAUUAGUAGCAUGGCAUCUAAACCCUGUGGACCAGGGAGCAAUUAAGUCCUAA